UUGGGUUCCGUCAAUACGGUAUUGUGUAUUCUCUCUCUCUCUAGAUUCUACGGAGUUUUUGAAACAAGAAAAUGCGGGAAACCGUUUAACCGUAAAUACCCAAACCCCGUGAAAUAAAUCUCAACUGUACACCUGUACAAUCGUGCCUGAAAACAAUGGCCGACAGUUGGUGAUAUUUGUAAAAAUGUAAAUUGUUGUUAUAAAGUAAAAUGUUCCAAUAAGUAUCAUGGUUCGAGGAGAGCACGGGAAUAAAAAUCUAUUUUAGAAAAUGAAGAACCGGAUAUUACUGGUGUUACUGUACCUGCCCGGACUCCUGCUCACCUCCCCCUGCUCCUUCAACAAGCUGUGCUCCUGCACCCCAUACUCUAACCAGAUUGUAAAUGGUUCAAGGAGUACUAGGAUCAAGGAUGUUAGUUGUAUAGGAGUUCCUUUUCCUACAGUUCCAGAGCUGAGUUUGGAGGGAGUAACACAUCUGGACUUGGUAGAAGCUGGACUGGAGAUAAUACAAGAUCAAGAUUUCAGUGGGUCUUUGGAGUCUCUGAGAUUAAUGAAUAACAAAAUUACUGUCAUUGAAGAUUCAGUUUUCAGUGGAGUAUCCAGUAGUUUGAGAUCUCUAGACCUCAGCUAUAACAGUCUGGUAAACCUGCCAGUUGGAGCCCUGAGUAGGAUUAAAACCCUGGACUGGUUUAACCUACAUGGGAACCAGAUUGGAAAACUUACUGAUGCGUUCCAGCUACCGUUCCGUCAUACCAUCUCCACAUUGUUCCUGGGAGAAAACCAUCUCACCAGUAUUCCAAACGAUUUUUUCAGUCAUUUCAAGCGGUUGAUGUGGUUGAACCUAGAUAGUAAUUAUAUCCGGGAGCUACCUGAAUACGCUUUGCCCAGAUCCAUCCAUACUCUUAGUAUAUCCAACAAUCAACUCAGAGAGUUCCCUGUACUUGCAAUAGAGAACCUACCUGGGCUAACCUGGCUAACUAUGAGAGGAAACUAUAUAGAGACUAUACCGGAUACACCUUUCUCAUAUAAAAAAAGGAUUGACAAACUAGAUCUUGGAGAGAACUUUAUAUCUUCUCUUCCUCCAUCCAUGUUCAAUGGAACCUUGGCUGUAACUGAUCUAAACCUGGAUUACAAUUAUAUAGACAAACUGCAUGAGGGGGCAUUUUCCUCCCUGAGCCCCAGACGGAUUUAUCUUGGAAUGAAUAAGAUAAAGGAAAUCCACGAAGAUGCAUUUCAGGGAGUAGAGGGUUCAUUAGAACUCCUGGAUCUGGAGAGAAAUAGACUUAAUAACAUCUCUCAAGCAUUCUCUAAACUAACUCAGCUCAGAUAUCUUUACUUAUCAAACAACAAUAUUAGUGAGAUCGAGGAGAAUUCUUUGGAUAGUUUUGUAGAAAACCUUCAAGCUGUUUCAUUUUCCGGAAACCAUAUCUCAACAUUCCCGUUCAAACCUCUCAGACGAGCAGUUAAACUUUCCCAUUUAAACCUUGGAUAUAACAAGAUCCCUGAGAUAAUAUCAGAUCAUUUUCAAGGCUGGGCUCAAAACCUUGAUACUCUCAUACUAAGAAAUAAUCGAUUGUCCCAGCUGGGACCUCAUACCUUCAGAGGAUGUCCCAAACUUAGGGAACUGUCCCUGAGUUUUAACAGUUUGCAGAGUAUAGAUGAUCUAGCAUUCAAGGAUAUUGGAGGAUCUUUAGAGAGCUUGGAGAUCAGUUUUGGACUCAAUCUCAGAAUAUUUCCUGAAUCUGCUCUAAAACCUCUUCAAAAACUUCUCUGGCUCUCCUUGGAUAAUAAUAAUAUUGAAGAAAUCAGUGAAACAUCAUUAUACAACCUUGGUGAGUUACAGUAUCUAAAUCUGGAAGCAAACAAGCUAAAAAGAUUUCCCAAUAAUCUGCUGCAUAAGAAUGUUCAUAAGAACCUACGUGAUGUUCGGCUCUCAUACAACAGAUUAGAGAAUAUCAGCCUAGGACAGUUUGCAGGACUGGAUAAACUUCAAACAGUCCUUCUAACAGGAAAUAGGAUUCAGCAAAUACAAUCUCAGAGUUUCCGUAAUCUGCCGAACAUUGUGACUCUUAUUAUAACUCAUAACCAGCUCCAUACAAUUCAGAGACAGGCGUUCCUGAACCUGCCCCACCUGCAGAAGGUUGAACUGCAGCACAACCUUCUGGAGGAGUUCACCCUCUCCGUGUUCAAGAACACCACUCUGCACCCGGAUACUCCCAUGUUCCUUAACAUCAGCCACAACAAGAUUAGGAAUCUUCUUCCUGGAGAUGAAUUGGGUCCAACUCCACUCAUCCAGCUGAUAGAUCUAUCUUUUAACUCAUUACUACAGAUUCCUGAAUAUUUCCUGCGGAUGGUAUCUGGUUCCCUGCGUUCCCUGGAUCUAAGUGAAAACCAUAUCUCCGAAAUUGAUGAUUCCUCUCUCAACUCUCUCAUCAAUCUUCAAAUACUAAAAAUAAACCACAAUCUGAUCACCACAGUUGCUAAAUCUGGGUUGGUUGGACUAAAAACCUUGCAGAUUAUAGAUCUAAGCUUUAAUAGACUAGAUGGGCUUCAGUUCGGACAGUUUUCUGGACUCAAAUCUCUGAGAAUCGUUGAUUUAUCUCACAAUCAGCUGAGAUCUCUUCCCAGAGAUUCAUUCCAGCAUACCGUCAUACAAACUAUUGAUCUCAGCUUUAACGAAUUCCAGGUGAUGCCUAAUAGUGCUUUAGCUGAGAUAUCUGACACUGUCCGACAUCUGAACCUUUCUCACAACAGUAUUCAGCAUAUAGACUCCACCAUGCUCUCCUCCACCUUGAAGCUCCUCUCCUUGUCCCUGGCACACAACAGGCUGACCAUCCUUCCUGAUAAUAUCUUUCUUGGGCUCAGCUCACUACUCACACUAGACCUGGCAGAUAAUCAUAUUCGGGCUAAUUUCAAGGAACUAUUCCAUUUUACUCAAAAAUUAAAGGAUCUCCGUCUUACUAACACUGGUCUCACAGCCCUCCCGGAGCUACAUCUAACCGGACUCCUCAACCUGGAGCUAGGGAGCAACAACCUGGCCGACCUAGACUGUGGCGCACUAGAGAGUUUAACUGAGUUAAGAUCUCUGAACCUAGAGCUGAACAAGUUGACCAACCUUCCUUCACACUGCUGGCGUUUAGUUCCCAGGCUAAUAUCUCUAGAUAUAUCAAACAAUCCAGUCCGGGUUCUUACCAAAGAAAGUUUUCAAGGAUUGUUCUAUCUUCAAACCCUCUCUGUUCAAGACCUGCAUGAUCUCAAGAGGUUUGAUGCAGACUCUCUCUCCCAGCUAACCUACCUCUCUACCUUGUAUAUCCAGAGUUGGCCGGAAAUAGAAAAGUUUAAGUUUAGACUAGGCUCUGUUAUUUCAGGUCUGGCCUCCCUGAAAUCCUUGACUGCGAAGAUAAUGGAGAAGUCUGGUAUUCUAACAGAUCAGAUCCUAGGAGCAUUUGGUCCUAAACUUAAAGAGAUAAUCAUCACUGGACCUAAUCUCCAUACUCUCACGGCAGAUGCAUUCGAAGGAAUGGGUCAGAACUUUUGA